GCGUCCCUGUGGGCGGAGCCGGAGGGGGGGGCCGGCGGGGCCAGUCGGACAAAAGGCAGUGUCGGCCGGGCCCGCGGGGGAGUCGCCCACGGAUCGAGGGACGGGUUCCAAUUGAAGCAUCAAUACAGGGACCACGGUGCCUUGUGGCUCCCCGGGCGUGCCGGUCCAGAGAUAAUCCCUGCCCCCGGCCGGUGGUCCGAGUCGGGCCGCAUCCACGGCACCCCAACCCCCGGGAGCGCGGGGUCCGGGACCCGGGGGCGGGCGGCCUUCCGCGGGCGGCGGGGCCUGGCAAGUUAAUGCCGGCUCCCCGGCCGGCGGCUAGUCCCUAGGGGGAGGCCGGCGGGCGGCCGUUCGGAACCCGGGCUGCAUUUUGGAACCCCAUAUUAUCCCCCUUUAAGGACACACCUAUUUAAGGAAUUCGAGUGUCCCCGGAUCCAGAGGUCAAGGGCAACCAACUUUUUGGAACAUCCCCACACGACAGUCGGCCACGCCCUCUCUCGUGCUACCUCCCCCCCCCCCUCCUACACACUCCCCCUCCCCUCCUCGUUCAAUCGACAACUCUCCUAGCAACCAUGGUCAGCGGCAAGAUCGGCGGCAAGGGCGGCAAGAAGGACGCCACCGAGGCCUCCAAGUCCAAGUCCCGUUCCUCCAAGGCCGGCCUCCAGUUCCCGGUCGGUCGUAUCCACCGCCUCCUCCGCAAGGGCAACUACGCCCAGCGCAUUGGUGUUGGUGCCCCGGUCUACCUGGCCGCCGUCCUCGAGUACCUGGCUGCUGAGAUUCUUGAGCUGGCUGGUAACGCCGCCCGCGACAACAAGAAGACCCGCAUUGCCCCGCGCCAUCUCCAGCUGGCCAUCCGCAACGAUCUCGAGCUCGACAAGCUCCUGACCAACGUCACCAUCUCCAAGGGUGGUGUCCUCCCCUCCAUCCACCCCGUUCUCCUGCCCCAGAAGAACACCAAGCGCAGCAUGGCCUCCGGCUCUCAGUCCCAGGAGUACUAAGCGCGCACUCUCCGCCUCUUCUCCUCCCCCCCUCCCUUGGAGUGUGUCUCUUCCUGACCCUCCUCUCGGGCAGGGGGCGGGGGCUAGCCUGCUGCUGGUCAGCUAGCCGGCUCAUGCCCCUCCCCCUCCCCCCUCGUGUGGGUGUCCGAGUUUUGUAGUCGUGUCUCCGGCAUUCGCCAAUCAAGCGCGCGUGCCUGUCCGCCUACGGCUCUCCCUCCCAUAUCCCCCCCUUCCCUUCCCCCGGUGU